AUGGUCACUCGCUCAAAGAACAACAUUCACAAACCAAAAAGAGCCUUCAGUGUCUCAAAACACCCACUCCAUGAGAACCUUGAACCAUCUACUGUAAGAGAGGCUAUGAAAUAUGAUCAUUGGAGGCAAGCCAUUUCCGCUGAAUUUGAUGCACUCAUACGGAAUGGCACAUGGUCAUUAGUACCACCACCGAAAAGUCAUAAUAUAGUUGACUGUAAAUGGAUUUUUCGUGUAAAACGAAAAUCUAAUGGUUCCAUAGAAAAAUAUAAGGCACGUCUUGUUGCAAAGGGGUUCACUCAAUGUGCCGGUGUGGACUUCCAUGAGACUUUUGCACCAGUGGUGCAUCCACAAACAAUCAAACCUUAG